GCAGACGACAUCAACGUAACAGAAGACAGACUCACAAAUCAACUGAUGAAUUUGAAGGUGGACGCAGUGCGUACACUUUGUAAGGAAUGUGGUGUCGACUCUAAUGGUUCCAAGAUAGAUCUCAUUCUGCGCCUCAGGACCAAAAUGCAAAAUAAACAGGACUGCAACAAAGUGUUUGAGAAGAUCUGCGGAGCUUCAGGUGGUUUGGCUGCCAUCAUGUGUCCCUGCGGCAUAGUGUACAGCUUGAAGUUCAACAUUAGAGCAGAAGGCCCCAGAGACUUUGCAGAUAUGCUGCUGGCGUGGAAACAUCUGCCCAAUGUAUCAGUCUACGACUCAGCACAAGCUCUUGUGAACCACACCAGUGGCAGAGAGCCAGAAAAUCUACCAUUCCAGCCACACGAAGGCCGUCUUGCUCCUCCAACUCCUGAGAACAUUCAGGCCGCCAAGGACCGAACACUGAAGAUCCACCUUCCAUGGAUUUUAGAGCCGAACACUGAAAAUGUUGAAGAUGACAGUCAUCCAUGUACCAAAUCAUCUCACCGUUAUGUUUUGUGUGACAAGCCAGAUGAAGACAACGGCAAAGAUGAGAAGGAUAUCCUCAGGAGGAUUGAUCUUGUACCUGAGCUAGCAGGUCAGCUCGACAGCAAAGUAGCAGAACAGUUCUUCACAGAGAUGAGGAAGAACGAUUACUUCCUGAAAAACAUGUCGCCGUCAGCUUGCGUUUUUCUGGUGCGAAACAUGGUUCAUCACCACAAUGAAAAAAAAGAAAGACAAAGCAUUGAGAAGAUGAAAAGAAGCGUGUGGGAAGUCGGCUCCAGCCCGGAUUCUGUAUAUAAUUCGCCAGCUUGGGUCAUUGUCACGACACCAGGGAUAUAACAUGACCGUGAUCUCUGCGAAAUAAGCCCUCAAUUUAGAAAAAAAGUAGAUUGAAUAGAAGACUGUUUGUGUCGUGUGUAAUUUACAAAGAAAAGCUUAUAAUUGUAUGUUAAUACAGUUUAACUGAAAAUGUCAUUAGGAGUCCACAAUCAGUUCAAUGGGUUAUUGUAUGCAUAUUGUUACUAAAUAUAUGUAUUUAUCUUUGAGAGACAUACUGUAUCUUAGUUUUUUUUUUUUUUGUGAUAAUUCAAUAGCAUGAUUGCCGUAACCCUGUAGAGCACCAACCAGGCGCGAGCUUUUAUGUUGAAAAUGAAAAGCUCACGACGCUCCUGGGGCUUCAGGGCACCGGGUGAGAGGGCAUGAGACGAGAAGUUCCAGACUGCAGCCAUGCAGAAAACUACUAAAAGGACGUCUUUGUAGAUGUAAAAAAAAAAAAAAAAAAUGUAAAGACGACAGUUUGUUCAUGGUUUAUGUAAAUAAUUAGGAAAAAUAAAUAGUCUUUGUUUACAACUUCUAAAA